GCACAUGAAGCUAAAACACAGCGAACAGAAAACACCUACAAAAAAUCCGCAGUUUUGUUGCAACACCUUUUUUCUCGACCAAAUGUGGUUGGUGAAGGUCUUCUACAUCUUGUUUCUGAGAUUCCUUUCGUGGCUGCAAGACCUGUUGAAAAAUCACUACAAGAAGUAUGCCUACCAUUUGGAAUAACACAAGGAGACGAAAUUCCAUUCAUUGCAUUCAAAGAUUCCGUUGUCAACGAGCAUGCAGAAAUCAUAUGGACGAAAGCACAUUUGCUUCCAACGUCGGCAGAUCCAAGGUUUCAUAGUUUUGAGCUUUCAAGUGACUGUCGUCAUCGAAAUGUUGAUCAGUACAUUAAGGUAUUUGUUGAACAGCUUGGUAUUCAGAUUAAGCCAUCUGUUGCUCUUGUCAUUAGUCACUGCCAAACUGUCAGCACCAGGAAAAAUAUCACAACUGACCAGUGCUCAGCGGUAACGAGGGUCAUGGAAAGAAUUUAUGAAUUUCUACAGGCAAACGCCAUUAACGAUCCAGAGGCCAGGAGGGUACUCGAAACCAUGCGUUUUAUCGCUGUUGAAGAAGGAAAAAAGUUCAUUCUGCCUACACAAGCUGUCAUCGAGCUUUACGAGCAUUUCGAGAUUAAGCCGUUUCUUUACAGAAUUCCUGCAGUAUUUGGAAAGUUCCAGACUUUGUUUGAGUUUGUAGGCUGUUCAAAGACUGUAAGCUGUAGAGAUUACGCUGUGGUAUUGGAGAUGAUGCAUGAGAAAUGCAAAGGUUCUAAACUGAACCCAAAUGAACUUACAAAGUGUUCGAAGGCCAUCAGAGGAUUCUUCAAAACUUUGCAAGAUGACCCACGAUCCGUGCUAACUCUCUCCAAAUUGUACCUACCAGCAAUGCCUUCAGAAUUUUGCCUUUCGAACGAGCACCUCAAGAUAAGCACCAUUCCUGUUACUUUACGUUUAUCGACGGAGCUGUUGUUUGAUGAUGCCCCAACCUAUGGUUAUAGGAUAAAAGGUCUUGAGCAGCCAUUUGUACUAGAACUUAGUCUACUGAAUGUAAGUCGUAAAUCAGCCAUGAUUAACUUUACAGAUUUGAUGCUGAAAUUACCGCCAGAAGUACAGCCAAGGAUGCUAUCUAGUGUGGUAAAGGAAAAACUCUGCGAUCCCGUAAAAACGAAAAUUGUCGCGAACGGGGCUGUUGACACGAUGAAAGUGAAGAUAUCUUCCAUCCCCUUUGCUCGUGGAGUUGCAAGAAUCAUAAAACACGUUAACCAUCAGGAUAAAGAUUUUGACUUAAGUGUCUUAAGAGGCAUUGAGGAAAGUCUUCGAAGCAUCGAUUUGUUUGCUGUGGAAGGUCUUAGGACCUCCCUUUUUCUUUAUGAAGUUCAGAUUCCAGAAAGUGAAGCUGAUGUACCUUUCUUGGUAGACAAGCCGGAGCUGUCUGCAUUGGGGAAAAGUAAAGUGUACAUUGAUACGCUGUCUGGGGUGAGUGAUGCCAUUCCAAUCAUAUCGGACAUAAUUGGGGAAAUGUAUGGAGAGUUCCUUCAAAAGAAGGCAAAUCUCAUUGGUGAGAUGCUCCGUUGCCCACCUUCGAGUAUUUGGCCACUGUUAGACAGAAUGAAAGUUCGUAAAGAUGACAGCUACACCACGGCAGAUUUGUAUAUCUAUCCAGAGCCCGGUACAUUGAUUCCAAUUGAAGACCACCACCUGUUAAAAGAAGCUUUUGAAGAAUUUGAAGCCGGAGAGUACGUUGGUUAUCAGCUGCACGACCCAAGUCUAGCCCAGCGGGAAGGUACUCCAACAUACAUCUACGCUAUAAUAGUCGAGGAGAUUAACAGUGAAGAUACUGCUAUCUUGACAAAG